GAAGCGGUAGUUCUAAAUUAUAUUGACAGCGGCGUCGUUGUGGUGGCGCUUGGGUAUUUAUUUCGACUAAGCAAAUAAAAUGAAUGCACGAAACUGGAAAACAGCCGUGUGCGCAAGCGGAUCUAUUUUACUAGGUGGAGUUGCGAUUAAACUUUUAAAAAUUAGCAACGUGUUCAGCAGUAGAAGAAAUCACGAUAUUCCCGUCAACGAAGUGUUGCUGUACGGAGCCAACGAUGAAGUGCAGACGAAGCAAAUUGGUUUGAACAACCUGUUCUGUAUUUAUUACGUGAUAGUACACGCAAACUGCUCAAUUGAUGUGUGCUUGCCCGAUCUAGAGAGUGACACUAUAGCGAAGUGUCUCAUCGGAGCACAGAAGAACAAAGUGAAGGUUCGCCUUAUAGUGCACAGCAACAGCGACUUUGAUAUGCCGAAGCUGAUUAAACAUGGGAUAGCAGUGAAGAAUAUUACGUCAAACGAGCCAUUAGAACACGAAUAUAUUUUGGUGGACGCCGACGCAGAGACGGAAGGAGCUGUGGCGGUUAUGGGAUCCCUGGACUACGAGACAGCGCGGGUCAACUGCAACAGAGACGCAACUCUGCUCACCUCCGAACCAUCUGUCGUUAAGACUUUGAAGAGAGAGUUUAACAGAGUAUGGAAUUCCACUGACAGCAAAACUAGAUGUGAAAACAUUCCUACAGGCAAAAGUACCGACCACAGCAACAUAUUGAACUAAAGAUCUACAGAUGAUCAGUUAUGU